CCCGAAAGUUCACCGGGCGAUCGUUCUGGAAAUUUGCGUCUAAACCUAUAUAGUUUGUCUGGAUCCGCUUUGUGAGACUCAGAUCUGAAGUUUACGUGUACACAGAGAUUUUAUCCACAUCGUGGACCAAAAUGUCGGUAGUUGGAAUAGAUUUAGGAGCAUACACGUGCUAUGAAGCAGUAGCUCGAGAUGGUGGAAUCGAGACCGUCGCUAAUGAGUACAGUGACCGAUGUACACCAGCCUAUGUGUCACUUACAAACAAGCAGAGAUUCAUUGGGGUGUCUGCAAAACAACAAAAUGUCACAAAUUUUAAGAACACAAUAUCAUCUUUCAAACGUUUAAUUGGGAGAAGAUAUAAUGAUGCCCAUGUUCAAAGAGAGAAGCAGUUCGUUCCAUAUGCAAUCACUGAAGGACCACAUGGCUCCACGGAUAUUUUGGUUCAGUAUAUGGGAGAACAACAGAGAUUUUCCCCAGAGCAAAUUGUGGCCAUGCUACUGACCAAGAUGAAGGAGACAGGCGAGGCUGCCCUAAAGACCAAAGUGGUCGAUGUUGUCGUUUCUGUGCCAUCAUUCUACACUGAUAGAGAGAGAAGGGCCAUGUUGGAUGCCUGCCAGAUAUCAGGGCUGAACUGCUUGAGAUUAAUGAAUGACACCACUGCUGUUGCACUGGCUUAUGGAAUAUAUAAGAAGGACUUACCAGAACCAAAUGACAAACCUCGUCAUGUUGUGUUUGUGGACAUGGGUUACACGUCCCUGCAGAUAUGUGCUGUGGCAUUUAACAAGGGAAAACUCAAGAUGUUGGGGGUUUCAUCAGAUCCAUACCUGGGGGGCAGGGACUUUGACAGAUUUUUAGUGGAGCACUUUGCAGAGGAUUUCAAGAAGCGCUAUAAUAUAGAUGCACUAUCCAAACCAAAGGCGUUGUUGAGAUUAGCCACAGAGUGCGAGAAACUGAAAAAACUUAUGAGUGCUAAUACUCAGAGCAUUCCGUUAAAUAUUGAAUGUUUCAUGGAUGAUAAGGAUGUGAGCGGCAGAAUGGACAGGGAGACAUUUGAAGGAAUGACGAGUGGUUUAAUCAAACAAGCUGAGGUAGCCAUGAAAAGGAUUCUUGAAUACACGAAAUUGCGUCCUGAUGACAUCUACUCUGUGGAAAUUGUGGGAGGGGCUAGUCGUAUGCCGUGCAUCAAGUCCAUGGUACAGUCCAUAUUUGGGAAGGAGCCGAGCACAACCCUUAAUGCUGAUGAGGCAGUCAGUCGUGGCUGUGCCUUACAGUGUGCAAUUUUGUCCCCGACUUUCCGUGUGCGAGAUUUCUCCAUCACUGAUUGUCAGCCCUAUAGUUUGUCAUUAAGAUGGCAAGGAGGCAUUGAGGAAGACUGUGACUUGGAGUUAUUCCCGAUGUUCUCUCCAAUCCCAGCCUCUAAAAUGUUGACAUUCUUCAAAAAAGAGCCAUUCCAGUUGGAGGCCAGGUACACAUAUCCAAACAUGGUGCCCUUCCCAGAGGCUUUAGUAGGUGUGUUCAAAAUAGAUAAGGUAACACCUCAAGCUAAUGGAGAAAGCUCCAAGGUGAAGGUAAAGGUACGAACCAACAUCCACGGGAUAUUUAACGUGUCGUCUGCAUCCAUGGUGGAGAAGGGCGAUGAUCAUCAGGAGGAAGGAGCAGAAGAAAACAUGGAGACAGACGACGGGCCAAAACCCGAGAACAGCGACAACAGCCUGGCUUCAGAGGAGGAUUCUGCAGUCGAGUCAAAAUCUGGAGAGUCUAAUGAGACCCCAAUGCAGACAGAGCCAGAUGCAUCCAACCCAGAGCAGACAAACCAGGAGAACAGUACGGGUGAAGUUAAGAAGGAAGCCGUGGCAGCAAAGAAGAAGAAGAAAACGAUAAAGAUGAUUGAUCUGCCUGUGGAAUCCAUUGUUCCUCAGCUGAACCGGUCCGAGAUCAACCUACUUUUGGAAAAAGAGAACCAGAUGAUCAUGCAGGACAAACUGGAGAAAGAGCGAGCAGAUGCCAAAAACGCAGUGGAAGAAUAUGUGUACGAAAUCAGAGACAAACUCUACGGGGAUUACGAGCAAUACACUAAGGAUUCGGAGAGAGAACCCCUGAGUCAGCUGCUUAACCAGACUGAGGACUGGUUAUAUGAUGAGGGGGAGGACCAGUCUAGACAAGUCUACAUUGACAAGCUGGCUUCCCUCAAGAAAUUGGGCCAGCCAAUCAGUGACAGGUAUAAGGAAGCUUUAGAGCGGCCGGCAGCUUUCGAGGCGCUGGGAACAGCACUUCAGCAAGUGCGAAAGUGUUCUGCACAGAUAGAACAGAAGGAUGAAAAAUACAGCCACCUAGAGCCAGCAGAUGUGGAGAAGUUAAACAAGUGCUUAAAACAGAAAACAGAUUGGUAUGAGAAGCAUAUGAACUUACAAGGAAAGACGCCACUCCAUGAACCUCCAGUUGUUACUGCUUCCCAAAUUCACACAGAAAAACAGCUGCUGGACUCUGUGUGUAACCCAAUAUUGAACAAGCCCAAGCCUAAACCACAGCCCCCACCGGAGGAGAAGAAGCCUGAUCCGAAAGCGAACGAGGUCAAGGCAGAGGACCAACCCCAAAGCCCAGAUGACAAAGCAGCUAUGGACUUGGACUGACAUCUGCAGGACUUAAGCUAUUGAAUUAGGUGUCUGGGAACAGGACAGUUACAGGUUAUAGACAGUUGCACACUGCAGCCGUAGGGCAGGCGGGUGGGUGAGAAGCACACUAGGGGAUGGGGUGUGGAGAACUCGACUAGGUGACAGGUGACAUCUCCGGUGAACUCUGAACAAUACAGAGAUGCGUGACAGGAUAUAUCGAUGGAUGGAUGGAUGGAUGUUCAAUUACUCCCCUUGAUGUAUAAUUCCUCUAUUUAUUGUCUAUAAGUGCUAAUCUUCAUCAGUUUGUAAAAGUUAAUUAAACCCCAAAGCAAAAGUAAAAAACAUCACGUGACUAUAGGCUGCCAUCGUGGCCGUGGACUAUGAUAAACUCCCAAUGUACUGCUACCGAGUAUUGAAUGGUAUGGAUCACUUGUACAAACUCUUGUCGUUUUCUAGGUGUUUUCAGCCAAGGUUCUUCUGAUUGCUCACUGUCGUCAUUGUUUUGACAUCUGUAUACUUGUAUAGUAUUGUUUUGAUGUUCAUUAGUUGUUCAUGUUUGUACUGGUUCUCCUCCAGCAUUGGACGCAGCCUGGAGUAGCAGCACUGUUUAGCAUUACUCACUACAACACUGCACAUUCUGCAACUUCUGAUCGAUGGCAGGGAUAAAUUAAUAUGGUGAGCAGGGGAAAGCAUAUGGGAAUUGUUCAUACCCAUUCAAAGCAGAGGCUUUUGUUCUAGUUAGUCUGCUUAAAUAUUGCAAUGUUGAUUGAUGGUAAUACCUGGACAAGUAAUAAAAUAACUUAUAAAGCUCA